AUGGAGGCGCCCCUGGUAAGCCUGGAGGAGGAGUUCGAGGAGGGGCCUGGGGACGAUGGGGGAACCCCGCAACGCACUGCGGACCCGGCGCUGGCCGAGCUGGAGAGCUUCUCGGCUGAGAUGAUGAGCUUCAAGUCGAUGGAGGACCUGGUGCAGGAAUUCGAUGAGAAGCUCACUGUCUGCUUCCGCAACUACGAUGCUGCCACCGAGGGUCUGGCCCCCGUGCGGGGGCAUCUCCAGGCGCAGGAGGAGGAGGAGCGCCUCCAGGAUGAGGAGGUCUGGGAUGCUCUCACCGAUGGCUUCGCCCCCCGGGGCUCCCCCCGGCCCUGGCUGCUCCCCGGGGCUGAAGCCCCCGACGGCACCGACCCCCAGCUCUGCGAGAAGGAGGAGGAGGAGGAGGAGCUCACUGAGAGGAGUGAGCAAGACUCGGGCAUCAACGAGGAGCCGCUGCUGACAGCUGAGCAGGUCAUCGAGGAGCUGGAGGAGCUGAUGCAGAGUUCGCCUGACCCUGAGGCUGACCCUGAGGGUGAUGAGGACGAGGAGGAGGAAGAGGAGGAAACAGAGGCCGAUGCUGAAGGCGAAGGUGGUGGUGGGGGCACGGAGCCCAUCCUUCUGCACGAGCUGCGUGCUUUCUCCCCUGCCUUCAACAACAACUGCUCCCACGAAGGUACGGCCAGCAAAAUCCGGUACCUGAACACGGUGAUUCCCUACGAGAAAAAGGGGUCGCCACCCUCCGUUGAGGACCUGCGGAUGCCCCCCAACGUCCUGUUUGCCAUGAAGGAGGGGAACGAGAAGGUGCCCACACUGCUCACAGACUACAUCCUCAAAGUGCUCUGCCCAACCUGAUGCGGCGCUGCCCUCGCGUCCCCCCCAC